UAUGAAGCCGGAAGUCGAAUAAUGACAGGGGUAAAGCCACAGACAUGUACAGUAUAGAUAAAUACGACCCGCACACUUUGAAUUCCGUGCCGGCGUCGACGCGAAACUAGGGAGGUCAAAGUCGUCAGCGCAUUCCACGUGGAUGCCGGUACAUUGUGCUGCAUACGGUUGCGUAAAACGCCGUACAAUUACGGCAAGGGAACUGGAAAUUGACCUACGACUUAAUUUCAGUGUCCAUGCAUUGCCUUCUAUGGGUACAACGACCUCUCCAACAUGGCCGACGUGUAGGCAUGUCGACUAGUCUGGCCACUAUAGCACGCUGGCGCAUAUAGUUUUCAAACCGAUGUCGUAAAUCGGUGAAAAAAUAAGCAAGUUACGACUUGAUUUCAACGUCAAUGCAUUGCCUCUGACGUGCGCGUCGACCUCCCCAACAUGGCCGCCAACGUAGGCACUUCGGUUAGCUUUGGCUACUAAAGCGCGCUGGAUGAUCUAGUCUUCACUCCAUAUCUGUGAGGUACUCCGACGGAUAUCACACCGGAAUCCCAUCUCCCCUUUUCUAAGCUGAGAUGGAAAGUGCAGUGACAGACAGCAGGGAUGAAGCACAAACAGAUUUCAUCUAUUGCUGUGGAGCCAUCACGGAGGUCCUAAGAUGUGGUCCUCCUGACUUGCACACUGGACACAAAGUGCUUGUUUUAGUCAUUCCUGGUAAUCCUGGUUUAGUGGGCUUUUACAGGACCUUCAUACAAACGCUUUAUGCUAUGUGUGGCUGCCACCACCCGGUGUGGGCUGUAAGCCAUGCUGGCCACUGCAUGCCACCUGCAUCCAUGGACAUGGUAGAAGAUGCCUCCUCAACUGCUGAUCUGGACACGUUUGGUCUAAACGGUCAGGUAGAACACAAGCUGGACUUCCUCAGGAAGCAUGUCCCAAAGGAGACAAACCUCAUCCUGGUGGGACACUCCAUUGGCUGCUAUAUCAUUUUAGAGAUAAUGAGGAGAGAUCCCAGUCUCAAGAUUCUGAAAGCUCUCAUGCUGUUCCCAACUAUUGAACGCAUGGCCCUGACUCCCCAGGGCAAGGCCAUUACGCCUGUACUGUGUCAAAUGCGGUACCUCGCCUACCUGUCAAUCUUCCUGCUCUCUCUACUGCCUGAGAGACUCAAAAGCUGUCUGGUCAAAAUGGUUCUUGCUGGCAUUGGCUCUCUGGAUCACUCAGUUGUCCAACCGACUGUAGGCCUACUCAGUGGAGACUCUGCAGCUAAUGCUGUGUACAUGGGGGGUCAGGAAAUGAGGAAAGUUUUGGCAAGAGAUAACAUGACCAUUAAGAGAAACCUUGAAAAGCUUAUAUUUUAUUAUGGAGCAACAGACCACUGGUGUCCUGUACAAUAUUACAAUGAGAUCAAGGAGGACUUCCCAACAGGAGAUUUCAGACUGUGUGAAAAUGGAUUCCGUCAUGCUUUUGUUUUGGAUGCAGGUAAAGAAGUUGCGAAAAUGAUAGUAGAAUGGAUUCAGUCUGAUUUGAGGAUUUGACAUCUUGUAUGUCUCACCUUUGAGAAUUAUUUGUUAAAUGGGCUCAGGAAUUUAAAUGCUAUUUAGUGUAAACGUAAACAUGACUUUAAAAUGUCUAAUUUUUAUGUGGGAAAAAAAUGAUGUAUAUAUGUACAUGAUAUACAGCAUAUCUGUAUAUACUGUAUGUGUGUGUUUUAGGAGUGGAACGGUUCACAAAAUCCAUGGUUUGGUUCAUAUCAUUUUUUUUCGUAAUGGGGUUCGGUAUACGUUGACUCUUAAGAAAAUCAAGUAUGACUUGUAUUUUGUAUUAUUUAAAUUAUUUUCAUUAAUCAGAAAUGUCUGCUCGUCUAUCUAUGCUAGCCGUGUUUAGCAAAGCAAAUUUAUUUAUAUAGCGCAUUUCAUACACAAGGUAACUCAAUGUGCUUUACAUGAUUAAAAGCAUUUAAAAACAAAGAAUAAAAUAAAAAUACAAUUAAAACAGCAUACAUUGCAAGAAAUAUCAUUUAAAAGGGGAAAUGGUCUACAAAGCAUGACAAAAAAGAAGAGUUUUUAACCUGGAAUUAAAAACAUGCACACUUGGGGCUGACGUCACUUCCGUUAGCAACUUAUUCCAUUUGUGUGCAGCAUAAUAGUUAAAUGCUGCUUCACCAUGUUUGUUUUGGACUCUGUACUCCACUAUUUGACCUGAGUCUGUCGAUCUCAGAGCCCUACUGGGUUUAUAUUCCAUUAACAUUUCAUUCAUGUAUUCAGAACUUAAACCGUUUAGUGAUUUAUAGACCAGUAGCAGAACUUGAAAAUCUAUUCUAAAGCUGACUGGAAGCCAGUGUAGACAGUUUAGAAUUGGAGUAAUAUGGUCUGACCUCUUUGUUCUGGUCAGAACCCGAGCUGCAGCAUUCUGAAUGAGCUGCAGCUGUUUAAUGCUCUUUUUAGGAAGUCCAGUCAGAAGACCAUUACAAUAAUCAAGUCUACUUGAGAUAUAAUCAUGGAUGAGCUUCUCCUCGUCUGAUUGGCAGAUGCAAGUCCUUCACUCUGGAUACGUUCUACAAAUGGUAGAGGGCAGUUUAAGUAAUUGAUUUGAUAUGACUGUUGAAAGUCAGGUCGGAAUCUAUCAGUACACCGAGGUUUGGGACUUGGGCUUUGGUUUUUAAAGAGACUGGCUCCAGGUAUUUACUACCAGCAAUUCUCUUUUCUUUAUAGCCAAAAACAAUCAUCUCAGUUUUGUUGUGGUUUAAUUGGAGACAAUUUUGUCUCAUCCAGAUAUUUAUUUAAUUUCAACAUCUUUAGAGAUGACCAGGUCUAACAUGUGACCUUGAGUGUGGGUUGGACUCUUAAUAUGUGUCAUGUAUAGCAGAGAGAUCUUUAGAUUUUUUUUUUCCAUGUUAUUGUCAACAUGAAUGUUAAUGUCUCCAGUCAGUACAAAUAACUGACAGCAGUUCUGAAAAGUCCGCCAUAAAUUUUCUAAAGAUAUUCAAAAGAGCUAAAAUCACCUGCUGUUCUUACGUUCAUCUGGGAUGUUUAUACCGUUAAUGAAAGGCUUUCGAUACAGGUACCUGAUGCCAGUUGCUAGUCUCUUUAAGUGCAGUUUUAGUGCAUAAACAAGCAAGAAAAUAGUAAAAAAAAAAGAAAAAAAAACGUACAGAAGAGGAGCGCUGUAUGCCGCUGAAGCGUGAUUAUGAAUCCCAGUCGAGUACAGUACAAGGCAAGGUGCAUCCUGCUGCAAGAUGAUUGGCUGCUGCAUUGCUGGAAGAGCGUUCUGCCUCGUCGACUACUGAUGUGGAUGUGAACACAAAACCGCAAACGUGUGCCGCUAUCUUGGCGAGCAUUAGCGACACUAUACACCGAACCAAAACAUCAAACCGAACUGUCUGGACGGUUUUCAAAAACUGUUCCACCGCUAGGUUUUGGACAUACAAUAAUUGAUUUUCUUAAGAGUCAAUGUAUAGCGAACAGAACCAUAACCGUCGCCAUAAAACCGAGAUGAACCGAAAUGUGAAUUUUGUGAACUGUUCCACCCACUCAAAAAAAUAGUUAUUUAAUUAUUAUUUUUCAUGGGUAAAGACAUACCCCACUGAUUUUCAUUUUGAAAUAAUAAUAAAUUUUAGUGAUAUGAAUAUUUGAUUUUUUUGCAGUUAUCAUGCAAAAGGGAAUUGUUUCUAAGAAAACAAAAUAUGUGAUACUUUUCACUGUUAAUAGCAAAAUGUCUUUACGGUAAUGUGUUCCAAUUUAAAUUUCAGGAUGUGCAGCUCGUUUUCUAAAUAUACUAAUUCAAUCUUUGGAUUUAUAGGCUCUUUCUCCUGUUGAUUAAUAUGUAUUUUACAUGAAAACUAACACAGAUGCCUCUACAAACGGUUCUCCUCUGUCACUUAAGCUGUCUUUAUUGUUAAUGCCACUGCUGUUGCAAUAAACCAGAGGGAUCUGUGAUAUGAAGUGCCAGGAUACAGCAGCCAUUUUGCAUUCAAACAAUAACAGUCAGCAAAAUAGAUGGUGUUAUUUCUAACAAAUGUAUGCAUUGGUGAAAGAGUCAAAUGGGUUUAAUUAGUAGUUAGGAUCAUUCAUGCACUUGAAUCUGCACAGUUUGAAGGGCAACACAUGGAAAUUGUGCAACUCACAUGGAUGCUAUGAAGCCGUUUGUUUUCAAGAGUCUUUUAUGUAUAUAUAUACAGUGGGUAUGGAAAGUAUUCAGACCACUUAAAUGUUUCACUCUUUGUUAUAUUGCAGCCAUUUGCUAAAAUCAUUCGUUCAUUUUUUUCUCCUCUCAUUAAUAUACACACAGCACCCCAUAUUGACAGAAAAACAGAGUUCUGAAUUCUUUGCAGAUUUUAUUAAAAAAGAAAAACUGAAAUAUCACACAGCUAUAAGCAUUCAGACCUUUUGCUGUGACACUCAUAUUUAACUCUGAUGCUGUCCAUUUCUUCUGAUCAUCCUUGAGAUGGUUCUACACCUUCAUUGGACUCCAGCGGUGUUUGAUUAUACUGAUUGGACUUGAUUAGGAAAGCCACGCACCUGUCUACAUAAGACCUUACAGCUCACAGUGCAUGUCAGAGCAAAUGAGAAUCAUGAGGUCAAAGGAACUGCCUGAAGAGCUCAGAGACAGAGUUGUGCCAGGCACAGAUCUGGCCAAGGUUAACAAAAAUAACAUUCUGCUGCACUUAUGGUUCCUAAGAGCACAGUGCCCUCCAUAAUUCUUAAAUGGAAGACGUUUGGGUCGACCAGAACCCUUCCUAGAGCUGGCAGUCCGGGUAAACUGAGCAAUCGGGGGAGAAGAGCCUUGGUGAGAGAAGUAAAGAAAAAUCCAAAGAUCACUGUGGCUGAGGUCCAGGGAUGCAGUCAGGAGAUGGGAGAAAGUUCUAGAACGUCAACCAUCAGUGCAGCCCUCCACCAGUCAAGGCUUUAUGGCACAGUGGCCCGACGUAAGCCUCUCCUCAGUGGAAGACACAUGAAAGCCUGCAUGGAGUUUGCUAUAAAAAACACCUGAAGGACUCCAAGAUGAUGAGAAAUAAGAUUCUCUGGUCUGAUGAGACCAAGAUAGAACUUGUUGGCCUAAUCCUAAGAGGGAUGUGUGGAGAAAUCCAGGCACUGCUCAUCACCUGUCCAACAUAGUCCCAACAGUGAAGCAUGGUGGUGACGGCAUCAUGCUGUGGGGUUUUUUCAGCUGCAGGGACAGGACGACUGGUUGCAAUCGAAGGAAAGAUGAAUGCGGCCAAGUACAGGGAUAUCCUGGACAAAGCCUUCUCCAGAGUGCUUAGGACCUCAGACUGGACCGAAGGUUCACCUUCCAACAAGACAAUGGCCCUAAGCACACAGCUAAAAUAACGGAGUGCCUUCAGAACAAUUCCGUGACUGUUCUUGAAUGGCUCAGAAAGAACCCUGACCUAAACCCAAUUGAGCAUCUCUGGAGAGACCUGAAAAUGGCUGUCCACCAACGUUCACCAUCCAACCUGACAGAACUGGAUCUGCAAGGAGGAAUGGCAGAUGAUCCACAAAUCCAGGUGUGAAAAACUUGCAUCAUUCCCAAAAAGACUCAUGACUGUAUUAGCUCAAAAGAGUGCUUCGACUAAAUACUGAGCAAAGGGUCUGAAUACUUAUGGCUGUGAGAUAAUUUCAUUUUUUCUUUUUUAAUAAAGCUGCAAAAACUUAUGGUUUUUUCUGUCAGUAUGGGGUGCUGUGUGUAGAUUAAUGAGGGGAAAAAAAUAAACUUAAGUGAUUUUAGCAAAGGCGGCACGUUUGAUGACUGGUUAUCACAUCUGCCUCACAGUUCUGAUGACCAGGGUUCAAAUCCCAGCCGUGCCUCUGUGGAGUUUGAAUGUUCUCCCCGUGCCUGCAUGGGUUUUCUCCGGGUAAUCCGAUUUCCUCCCAUAUCCCAAAAACAUGCGUGGUAGGUUGAUUGAAGACUCUCAAAUGCCCGUAGGUGUGGAUGUGAGAGCGAAUGGUUGUUUGUUUCUAUGUGCCCUGUGAUUGGCUGGCGACCGGUUCAGGGUGUACCCAGCCUCUUGCUCGAAAAUAGGUAGGAUAGGCUCCAGCAUGCCCAUGACCUUAGUGAGGAUAAGCGGUCCAGACAAUGGAUGGAUGCAAAUGGAUUUUAGCCAAUAGCUGCGCUAUAAUAGUGAAAAAUUUAAGGGGGUCUGAAUACUUUCCGCACCCACUGUAUGCGCGCGUGCGCACACACGCACAGAGACAAAAAUAGGUCUCGAUCUAUCUAGAUAUCUACUGUAUAUCUAUCUAUAUAUCUAUCUAUAAGAUACUUCAGCCGCUGUAUCUUAUCUAUUUAACACGUCAUAAUUUUUCUCACUAAAUAUAUUUCAAAAGGUGGUAUUGACAUGAAAUUUUCACCAGAUGUUGGGAAUAACUCAAGUAAUCCAUAUAUAUGAAGAAAGUAGAACAAAUAAGCUCAGAAAUUUUGUUGUGUGUAAUGUGAAAUGACACAGGGGAAAAAGUAUUGAACACCUAAAAUCUAUCACUAAUCAAACAGCAAUCCAGCCCCUUGUCAGUGCAAAUGAAUAUCAGCUGGUUCAGUCCUAAUUGAUGGCCUACAAAAAGGUCUCAUUGCCAAUGUGAGAGUCAAGACACAUCUCAUGAUGGGUAAGAGCAAAGAGCUGUCUCAAGCCAUCGCAAAGUAAAGGCUUCUUUAUACUCGCGCGGACUGUGACCGCGCUGACGUCUCUGUGGCUGUCCCACGCGUACUUUGCUUUAUACUCGAGCGCAACCCACGCGCGCUGUUUUGAAAAUGUACUGCAGUUCACCUCCAAGUAAGGGUGUCGCUACGGGUGGUAUUGGCUAAGACGCCACUGGGUGGAGUUUCCUCUGCAUUAUUUGGCCGUUUCCAGUAGCCGUUUUUCCUUUCCUUUCAGUAACAAGGAACAAAGCAACAACAAUGGCGACUGUGGAACAGUGCUAGAACAAAUGGACCAUAAAUGACCAGACGAUACGUUUAAUUAUGCUGCAAAAUCGAUCGAGAAGGCGGCGGCGUAGAUGGUAUGUAGAACCAAGGGGCACGGUGAAUACGUCAUCACAGCAUAUGACUAAAACGGACCAAUCAAGAGAGAUGAUCUCCGCGGCGUUCGACAUGGAGCAACCAUUUUUGCCGUGUGCAUGUCAAGCUACGCAGAGGGGCAGCGCAGGCCAAUUCGUCGGUCACGUGAUGCAAUGCGGGCGUUGUCGGCCGCGCGACUGCAGGAGUAUAGAGGUCUUAAUUGUUUCAAAACAUAACGAUGGCAUGGGUUACAGGAGCAUAUUAAAGCUUCUGAAUGUUUCAGUGAGCACGGUUGGUGCUAUACUACAUAAGUGGAAAGCCAGUCAUACCACCAUAAAUUUGCCUUGAUCAGGUGCUCCUCGACAGAGUAAUCAGGAGAUAUCCAAGAGCCAAAGAGCACCUGUGGAGCGCUUCAAAAAGACCUGGAAUUAGCAGGUACUGUUGUGACAGGGAAAACAGUGAGUCAUGCACUCACCGCCAUGGCCUGUAUGCACGCUCGUCACACAAGACCCCAUUGCUUAAAAAAAAAAAAAGCAUGUCAAAGCUCGUUUAAAGUUUGCUCAACAACAUUUGGACAAGCCAGUUAAAUACUGGGAGAAUAUAGUCUGUUUUGAUGGCAAAAUGCACACCACAUUUGGAGGAGAAAUGGCACUGCACAUCACCCUAAAAACCCCAUACCAACAGCGAAGUUCAUUCGGAGGUGGGAACAUGAUGGUGUGGGGCUGCCCUGUAGCAAAUGGUACUAGUAAACUUCACAUUAUUGAAGGAAGGAUGAAUCGGCAAAUGUAAAGAGACAUUCUUGCCAAAAAUCUGCUGCCAUCUACAAGGAUGAUUAAAAUGAAACGAGGGUGGACAUUUCAACAGGAUAAUGAUCCAAAACAUACUGCCAAGGAAACUCUCAAUAGGUUUAAAAAUAAUAAUAAUAAAGUUGCUUAGAAUGGCCCAGCCAAUCACCUAACUUGAAUCCAAUCGAAAAUCUAUGGGAAGAACUGAAACUCAUGGUCCAUAAAAGAAGCCCACGGAACCUUCAAUAUUUGAAGACUGCUUGUGUGACGGAAUGGUGCAAAAUCACACCACAGCAAUGCAUGGCGACUAGUUUCUCCAUACAGGAGGCGUCUUUAACCUGUCAUUGCACACAAAGGCUUUUGUGCAAAGUAUUAAAUACCAGCGGGCGUGUUCAGUACGUUCCCCCUGUCAUUUCACAUUAUUACACAUAACCUAAUUUCUGAGCUUAUUUUUCCACUUUCUUUGUAUGUAUGGAUUACUUGUUGUUCCCAACAUCUGGUGAAAUUUUCAUGUCCAUAGGAUCUUUGGAAAUAUAUUUUGUGAGAAAUAUGGUGACAUGUUAAAUACUUAUUUCAGCCGCUGUAGAUAGAUAGAUAGGUUGGUUUCCCUUCUUCUCUCAGGUUCAAAAUGGUUUACUUUUCCUCCAUAGACAGCUCUCUGGUUGUCAUGUUUGCUUUACAGCAAAUGCAGUUUUCACAGGUGAAACCCAAAGCUAAAAACAAGCACAAUCUAGUGUCUAAGCAAUCAAUCUAAAAGGCAACACCUGAGCAACUAGAAACACCCAUCAGUCACAUGUUCCAAUACAUUUGCUCAUUUCAAAAGUGUGUGGGUUCAAACAAAAGGUGCUCUUUCCGUAGUUGUUUAACACAUCUCUAUGUAAAUACCAUGAAAUAAAAGCUGUAAUUCUGAA